GAGCGGGAAGGGGCGGAGCGGGCGGUGGGCGUGGCAGCUGCGGGAUGCUAACGCAACCAGACACCCAUCCUCUCCGCUCUCCCUUUCUGGAGAGGAUGAUUUGGGAGAGACCAGAAAUGAGUGGAAUGCUAUCUUAAACAAGCCAAAAAUCUGUUAUAACCUUUAUUAAAUACUACUUCAAUGAAGAAAGAUUAAAAAAACCCUACAAAAUUCCAACUGAUAAUUACCCCAUUCAGACGUUGGUGAAUAUGUCCCUCAGUCCAAGUCGACCUUCCUCAUCAGAGUUGGUGGAACUUCAUGUUUUUUAUGUCCCUGAAGGAUCUUGGAACUAUCAGUUAAAUACCAUUUCAAUAGAAGUUGUUAACAAAUUAAUUUUAGCUGGAUUUAUAAGAGUAUCUCCUCACCUUACUUUACAAGCGUUGAGGGAGCAACUGGGUGAGUUCCUUGGUGAAGAUCCUGUUGCAGAAAAAUUUUUAUUUCUGAAAUGCAUUGGAAAUAAUCUAGCUGUAGUGAAGGCAAAGCAAGAAAUUUUAUUUUUGUGUUUUUUUAAUAUUAUGAACUUUCUUUGCUAUGGAUGGGCAUCAACAUCAGCUGGGGGAAACUCCACUCCAAAUGAAAAUCAGACUGGAAAUAAUCAAAUUGGAAAUUCUGAAUUGCCAGGUUCACAGGAAGAUUCAGAUAAUGAUUAUUUUAGCGGCAAAAAAGGUCAGUUUCUUUGGAAAAAUGAAGAUGAUAGAACUAAUAUCAUUAGAAGAGAGGAAAAUCAGCUAGGUAAAAAAGAGUACAUCAGCCUACCAGACCUUAUUGAUUUUCCUUCAGUUCCUUGUCAGCCUGCUCUUUCUCCAGGAAUAACUGAUAUAUCGUUAUUACAGAUUGAGAGAGAGAAUAUUAUUGAAAAAAUGAAAGUAAAGGAAGAAAGAUAUCUAGAAAGAAUUAGAGAAGAACUAAUUUAAAAAGUUGAAAGGCUAUUGGAACAAGGCAAAUUAAAGUGAUAUCAUGCCUGUGAUGUUUGGAAGAAAAAGUACUUUGAAACAAAGAAAGUUACAGCAUCAUUGGAGGAGGUUUUAACAAAACUUCGAGAAGAUUUGGAACUUUACUAUAAAAAAUUGCUCAUUCAGCUUGAAGCCAGGGAGAUCAAGAUGAGACCAAAGAAUCUGGCAACCAUCACAGACUCUAAGUAUAUAGCCAAGAUUAAGGAGAAUCACUGCUUUUGUCCUCUAAAACAAGCUUAUAUACUUUUUUGGAUUUCCUUACAGUUCCUGGAAAUGUGCCUAGUUAGGAGCUCAACAGGUGAUUUUGUUUAUGAUGAAUGGCAGUGGACAAAGAAAACAUCUCCUUUUCUGGGUCUUACAGAAUUGAGUCUAAGAUCCUGUUGGGUCUGGACACCAUGGGUGACUUAGGCACACACCUAAGAACCACAAACUAGAAACUAGUCUUAUGCUCACCUUCCGCCCUGUAAAGUCCUUCUCCCCAGCAUCACUUGCCUCUAUCUAGUACUAAACACAGUCUCUUUUAGAAGGUAUAUCAGCCAUGGAUAAAGCAUAAAAGAAAGAGGAAAGGAGCAGAAUUAGACAAAAGGGUAAAGGAAGAGAAAAAGAUAGGAAGUAAAAAUAGAAUGAUCUGUGAUUUAAAAUAAUUUACUGAUUUUUAUAUACGUCUGGGGAACUCUUUAAAGACAAUUCUCAAUGAAUACCAGUAAUAUUUCUAUUUAUGGUAGCACCACGAGAAUUAGAAUCAUCUCCUAAG